CUGAGAACCGACGCAGUGGGGAAAAAGCCGAGAGCGGUAAAGAGGAGGGGUCCAGGCUGAAGGAGAGAGAGAGAGAGAGAGAGAGAGAGCUCGAGGGAGAUGUCGGGACGAGGCAAGGGAGGCAAGGGUUUGGGAAAAGGCGGUGCGAAGCGUCACCGCAAGGUCCUCCGGGACAACAUCCAGGGCAUCACCAAGCCCGCCAUCCGGCGUCUCGCACGGCGUGGCGGAGUGAAGCGCAUCAGCGGCCUCAUCUACGAGGAGACGAGAGGCGUCCUCAAGGUCUUCCUUGAGAACGUCAUCCGGGACGCCGUCACCUACACCGAGCACGCCCGCCGGAAGACCGUCACCGCCAUGGACGUUGUCUGCGCUCUCAAGCGCCAGGGCCGCACCCUCUACGGCUUCGGUGGUUAGAGCCUAGGUUUUUGGGCUUGGCGUUCUUAUCGUUUUUCUUUUUUCGCUUUUCAGUUUUCAGUUUUCAGUUUUCUUUUCCAUCAAUGUUCUUGAUGCUCAAAUAUAUUCAGUUUUAUAUGAAAUCUUUUGGGGGUUGAUGGGACUUUGCUUUCUGGUGGAUGUUGUCUGAUUUCUAUCGGAUCUUCAAACCCUAUAUAACCUAUUUGAGGAAAUGCUUGCAACAUUUGGGGUGAGGUGUUGAUAUGGUCGGCUUGUUCCGAUCUGAUAAACUUGGUCAUAAUUUCAUGUCAAUUCCUCUUAAGGAGAAAUUUCUCUUA